AUGUCUAAGUCAUUUUCCUUAGAAUCAAUUGUUCGUCCAAAUAUUCUUUCUCUUACACCGUAUAGGUGUGCAAGAGAUGACUAUGGCUCUGGAAUUCUCCUUGACGCCAACGAGAACUCUUUUGGUUCAAUUUUACAGGAAGAUGAAUCUUUACUAGUUAAAGAUCUUCAUAGGUAUCCCGAUCCUAACCAAGUAUUAAUCAAAGAAAGGCUUGUCUCUUUUCGUGGCUUGCAAUCCAUUGAUUACCUUUUUCUAGGAGUAGGUUCGGAUGAAAUUAUUGACUUGGUGAUAAGAAUAUUCUGUGUUCCUGGAAAGGACAAAAUUCUGAUCACACCACCAACUUAUGGAAUGUAUUCUGUUUGUGCUAAUAUUAAUGAUGUUCAAGUAAUUAAAGUAAAUUUGGAUGUUGAUGAUGGGAAAUUUCAGUUGAAACCUGAUAAAAUCUCCGAAGCAUUAUCCGAAAACCCUUCACCUAAAAUAGUUUUUCUUUGUUCUCCUGGAAACCCAACCAGUACCUGUUUGUCCCAUAAUACUAUAAAAGCAGUUUUGGAUGAUCCAAAUCUUAAAGGUGUCGUGGUCAUUGAUGAAGCAUAUAUAGAUUUCACAGAGGAAACAGAAGGAGCUAGUGUUGCAAAAUGGGUAGAAAAAUAUCCAAAUUUAAUAGUCAUGCAAACUUUGAGUAAAAGUUUUGGUCUGGCUGGGAUUAGACUAGGCAUAUGUAUAGCCGACCCAAAGAUAAUUCGUUUGAUGAACAAUACUAAAGCACCUUAUAACAUCAAUUCUUUGACCUCUCAUACUGCACUUAAUGCACUAUCAUUACAAAAUAUUACAAAAAUGCGUGAAACAGUUCGUCAAAUUCGUGCAGAACGUGAAAAACUCAUAUCUUCUAUUACUAGUAUAACUGGUAUUGGCAAGUUAUUAGGUGCAAAUAAUGCCAAUUUUAUCCUCGUACAAAUUUUAGAUGAAGCUUGUGAAAAGCCAAGUAACGAGAGAGCUCACUGGAUUUAUAAAGAAUUGGCAGAGAAUCAGGGAAUAGUGGUCAGAUUUCGAGGCAAGGAGUUUGGUUGUGAAGGGUGUUUAAGAAUUACAGUAGGAACACCUCAAGAAAAUGAAAUAUUGCUAGAAAAGUUGAAGCAUUUAUUGGGAGGAACCACUGUUAAAUCUACCUAG